GAUAACGGAAAGGUGCCUCCGAUACAAAAUACUUUUGUCUGUCCGACGACGAUGGUGACCAGGUUUGCCGUUCUCGUUGGAAUCCUGGGCAUCGCGGGAGGGUGCCAGGGCUUUGCGGGUCCGUUCGCCGCACACAGAAGCACUGCGUUCGGGAUCGCGGGCGCAAGCGCCACCCUUGACCCCCACCGGUGCGGCUCCCCCCCGCGCAUCCUCCCCCGCGCCGCAAGAGCCGGCGCCCGCAACACCGGGAGGCACGGGGAUCGCCGCGGAAGAAGCACGCGGCGAAGCAUGGCCAGCGGCGACGACGCGGCCUUUCUGAGCGACGACCCCUUUGUCGUCCUGGGUCUGGACGCGCCCACGGCCGACAAGAAGGUCAUCAAGAGGGCCUACAAGAAGAGGGCCCUCAAGUACCACCCGGACGUGGUCACCGACGUUCACUCGACGCCCGAGGAAAAAAAGAAGGCCUCGGACCGCUUCGCCAAGAUCAACGGGGCCUACGAGCAGCUGAUGGGGGGAAGCAAGGGAGCGGGCGAUUCCGGCAGCGGAAGCGGCACCGCGGGCGCUUCCGGCGGGUACACUCCCCCCCACCGCCGGAGCAACAGCGGCUAUUCGUCGUCGUCGUCGUCUUCCGCCUACGGCGACGGAGGAGGUGCCAGCACCGACUGGAGGGACUACAUGCCCAACUACCGAAAGGAAGACGACGCACAGUACGACACGGGCGGAGAUUCCUUUGGCCAGAUCUUUUCGGACAUGCUCACGGGAGCCGCGGGCGCCGCCGUCUCGGGCGGCAUCGGGGGCCUCGGGGGGGGCAUUUUCAGCGAGUUUCUAGACUUUCUCGAGGGAGGCGCCGGAAUGGGAACGGGAGGCCCCGGGGGCAGCGAAAACGACCCCCAGCUCGAGGCGCUGCUGCGGACCGGCACGCUGGAGGACGUCGCGGAGGAAAUGGACGACACGGAGAUGGUGGUGAGGCAGCUCGAGCGCAAGGCCCGGGACCUGGACAACGAGGUCUUUGCCACGGACGCCGAGGCCAAAAUGGCGGCCCGGUUCAGCGAGCGCCUCGAAAAGGAGGAGCGCGCCUCCGAGCUCAAGGCGCGGCAGGAGGUCGUGGGCGGGUACCUGGCGCGGGCCCGGAAGCGGCUGCUGGCCCUGCAGACCCGCUACAAGGACCUGAUCGCCUACGGGGGACAGAACGACGGCUACGCGGAGGCGGGGGGCCGGCGGCGGAGCGGGGCCUCGUCUCCCCGGGGCCGCCCCUCUGCGUCCGGUUCCUACGGCUCGGCGGCCGGCGGCGGGCCGAGCAGCGGCAGCGGUAACGGCGCAAGCAGCAGCUCCACAAGCAGCAGCAGCAGCAGCAGCAGCACAAGCAGCAAAAGCGACGACGAGAACGCGUGGAUGAACGAGGGAUUCGGAUCGUCCUCCGGCCGCCGGGGGAGCGGACGCCGGGGAAGCGGCCGGCGGAGAUCCUCGUCGACGCGGGGCCGGGCGUCGACAAGCACGGAGGCACCCGCUCCCUCGCCGUCGCCGUCGCCGUCGCCCUCCUAUUCGGCUUCCCCCCGGCCGGCCCCCGGCCCGGAACGGGUGGGGCGGACCACCGCGGCGCCGUCCUCGUCGAUCACGAGCAACGGCGGCGGCACCCGAUCGAACUACAGCAGCGACGUGCCCCCACACCGGCGAACGAGGGGAUCCUCGUUUGCCUCACGGCAGGAAGAGGACCGGCAGAGGAUGCGGGAGGUCAAGGUCGACGAGGAGUUCGAAAAGCUGAAAAAGGAACUCGGGCUGUAGUGCUUCGCCGUGGGCAGAAGUCCCGGCUAACAACAAUAGCGAAAAGGGUUGUUUGCUGCGGCGCGAUUCGGUAUUAUAAAAAGAAUGAUUAUUC